UAGAGGCGUAUAUCAUCCGACCAGUUCCUUGCCCUUUCGGCACGUCGCUAGCACUGGAUCUGCUGCCCAUCCCUUACGCAUACUCUAUCUUCACUGUUCCGCCUCCUUUUUUAUGCUUUUUGCUGAACUGCUGCAAGCAGCCGAAGGCGGACCGCCACCACCUUUCUUCUCACCUUUCAAUGAAAUAAAAUAAUGGAUGCCCAGAAAAAGAAUGAACCGAGAAGAGGAAGAAAAGUGAGAGAGGCGAGAAGACGCAGAGAGCAGUUUUUUGCUUUCGCCGCGUAAUUUUGUGGACUUUGUUGUUGUUGGCAUUUCCUUGUUAUGAGAGUGAGUAUGGUGGUGUGGAUGGGAUUCGCCACGAGAGGAGAUUCUCAGAGAAGAAGAAGGAGAAGAGAAAAGGGUCUCUGUGUUGCCUUGUUCAUGCUUUUGCUCUUGGUGCUGCUCCUUGUUGUCACAAUCAUUUAGAGGUUCGCUGGUGUUGUCGAUUCUCCGUUGUGUCAGCUUAGUCUUUCAGGUGUCUGUUCGUGUGGAAGCGUUUCCUGACGAUUUUAGUCCUUCUGAAAACUGGGUCUUUGUUCCUUUGUCUCCAUUUGUUUCAAUCUUUCGUUUUAUGUAUAACCUGCCCGUUUUCGAGGGAAUUUUAUUGAAUUGGGAGAUGGGUACUUCGUUUUCUUUUUCUUUUUUCUGACUGUGGAGCCCGUAAGGGAUGUCGUUCUUCUUGGUAAGUAGGGGUUUCUAGGUUUCACGGGUCACCUGAGGGUAGAGGAGUUGUUCUAAUGGUUUCUCGACGAAUCAGGGAUCGGCUAGGUCGCGUUUUUCAUGAAGUUUACCUUUUCUUCGUCCUUGGGAUUUUUUAUUCCCUUUCUUUGCUCGUCUAAUGUAAAUAGUUUAAGGAAUCGCUGUGGAUGCUGAUUAUUCUCCAUUGGGAUUUGUUUUGAAUUUCUCAAGGAGGUCGAUCAUAUUCAGACGUUUUUAGGAAAUUACGAUACUAAAGAAUUCAGUUGUUAGGAAAUCUUGGUUGUAUGUUUAGUUUGUAUACUGAAUGAUGAAAGCGAAUGCGAUCAUCUUUUUGACGUGAUUCCGACAGGUCUAUCGUUCGUUUUUAGUUCGUUGAAAGGAGGCAAUUAUUGUGACCCAUUUCUUAGACAGAGAAAAAUUGUCUUGUUCUUGUUAGAUCGGAAGUCAUUCCCUUUUAGUUUGAUCUGUACAAUUUUCUUCCUCUUUUGCCUUAGGAGACCUUUAGAGUUUCUUUGUUUCUCCUCUUCAGAGGGAUCCAACCUGAAACCCUUCAUUUUUCUGGGGCAAGGUCGGGUCUUGUUUGUUUUUCAUAUACCUUUUUCACUUUAUAGUACUAAGGAAAGGAGCGGCUUGCAGUAUUAUGGUCGAGGGGUAGUUUAUAUGUAUAUGGAAAUAUUGGAUAGCUCUCUUCUGCAUCUGACUGAGAAAUUGAGAGCGUGGAUAGAUUGGAGGGGUGAUGUAUGUGAGGCUUCUGGGGAUACUUGCACUUGGGAUGAGAACUGCAGUAUGUGCUAUGAGUGCAAUUCAACCUUUAAUCCAUUUCAUCAAGGACCUCGAUGCGGAAACUGUGGCAGGCCAUUUUGUGUGAGAUGCGUACAAGGUGACACUGUCUAUGUGAAGCAGAACUCUAAGAGCAGAGCUGCUUUGUGUAUACUUUGCUUUAACCUGGCUGGGUUGGAAAUGCCAGGGCAGCAGUCUGAGAAUCACCGCCUUGUGGAUCGUGUUGGGAGCUCUGUACAACCUUCUUUAUCAUUCAAAACUGAUUCAGCAGAUAGCAUAAACAUGGAUGGUUGUUCGAGAGUGCACCCUGACUGUGGUGGAGAUUGUCUCCAUGAGCCACCUUCUGAACCAGAUCAUGCUAAUUAUCUUGGCCGUUUUCUAAAAGGUCAAAGUUGUUCCUUCAAUAAAUUUGCAGAUGACAACAUUCCAUCCCCUCUAGAUCCCCCUUCACCUGUUUCACUUUAUACCAGAGAUGAUGGUUCUGAAACAUGCUAUUUUAUGGAUGCUGAUGAUAUUGGGAAUAAGUAUCCAACGCCAACAUGUCAAUAUUCUCAGGAUGUUUAUGAUGUAGAUGCCAGUAGCAAUUACACAAGAAGUGAACUGUACAGCUUCAGGUCCAGCACUUCGAGUCCUUUUGACAGUCCGACCGUAAUGAACAUAAGUCCUGAGAGGGCUGAUUCACCCAUGCUCGAUGAGCAACAGCCUAUGUCUCUGGAUUAUGCACUGCUGUUUCAAGAAAAGGUGCAGAUGUUAAGAAGCCCUAAGAUAUAUGCUGAGGGUGUGGACACUAUUGAUCAUGACACUGAUGAAUUAUCUAUAUAUCAAAAGCAUAGCCAAACAGCUGGUUUGAAGUUGGAUUUUGAGAAUGAUGGUACUUUUUGGUUGCCUCCACCACCAGAGGACGAGGAUGAUGAAGUAGAAAAUAAUAUUUUCAAAUCUGAUAAUGAUGAAGAAGAAGAUGAUGAUGAUAUUGGUGAUCCUAACUUGAAGUUCUCGUUUACUAGCCUUGGCGAUGAUGUCAAAAGAAACCGAGAUAAGUCAAAUGAGGUGCAUAAGGAACCUCUAAGAGCUGUUGUUCAUGGUCAUUUCAGGGCUCUUGUCUCGCAGCUGCUGAAGGGUGAAGGCAUUACUGUAGGAAAUGACAGGGCAGAAGACUGUUGGCUGGAGAUAGUUAGUUCAUUGGCAUGGCAAGCUGCAAAUUUUGUGAGACCUGAUACAAGCGGUGGUGGCAGUAUGGAUCCUGUUGAUUAUGUAAAGGUUAAGUGUAUAGCAUGUGGACAUCGGAGUGACAGUGCAUUGAUUAAGGGAGUUGUUUGUACAAAAAAUGUGAAGCACAAGCGGAUGACUUCGCAAUACAAAACUCCCAGACUGCUUUUGUUGGGAGGAGCACUUGAGUAUCAAAGGCUUCCAAAUCAGCUAGCAUCAAUUGGCACUUUGCUUGAUCAGGAGAUGGAUCAUAUCAAGAUGGCAGUUUCAAAGAUAGAGGCUCAUCAUCCAAAUGUUCUGCUGGUAGAGAAAAGUGUAUCAUCUUAUGCCCAAGAAUAUCUCUUAGCCAAGGAAAUAUCCUUGGUGUUGAAUGUUAAGCGACCGCUUCUGGAUCGCAUUGCUAGGUGUACAGGUGCUCAAAUUGUUCCUUCUGUUGAUAAGAUUUUCUCACCAAGGCUGGGGCAGUGUGAGGUUUUUCGGCUUGAAAGAGUUGUUGAGGAGUGUCGAUCUAAUGACAGCACUAACAAGAAAUCAGUCAAGACGUUGAUGUUCUUUGAAGGUUGUCCAAGGCGUUUAGGCUGCACGGUUUUACUAAGAGGGGCCCCUCGUGAAGAGCUGAAGAAGGUUAAACAUGUCAUCCAGUAUGCUGUCUUUGCAGCUUAUCAUUUGUCUCUUGAGACGUCCUUCCUUGCAGAUGAGGGUGCAACUUUGCCAAAACUUUCUCUGGAGCUUCCAAUUACUUUAUCUGAGAAGCCACCCAAUUUUGGUAAAAUGAUUUCAGUGGGUAACUGCGAACACAUUGCAGGUGGAACUCAAUUUUCCAGUCUGUGCAGCAAGCUUGAAUUUCUGACAGAGGAGAGCUCAAGGUCUAGUUUUCAUUCAGAAAAUGAUUAUCAGCAGUCACCAAAUGCACAUGGAGGCCUGAGGUGCCACUCUCCUCAAUCUCCUAUGACUUCGAAGUCUCCAACUACUAGGGACAUAAGUGUGAGUAAAUCUCCUAGAGCUGUUGAGGCUUUUAUCUCAUAUGGGAAAACAAGUUCAUCUGUUGACAUUGAAGAAGUGGAUCGUCCAGUUACGACAGACAUGUCAGGGAAAAUUCAGCUGGAUGAAGGAGUACAGGGGCUUCAAUACAAGACUGAUGGUACCUGUGAAAAAACUAUCCUCAGUGGAGUUGAAGGAAAGGAACUCUCCAAAGAAUUUUUGUCCACGGUUGAUACCCACCAAAGCAUAUUGGUAUUGCUGUCUAGCCGAUGUGUACUUAAAGGGACAGUAUGUGAACGUUCACAACUCCUACGGAUCAAAUUUUAUGGUAGUUUUGAUAAGCCACUUGGAAGGUUCCUCCAGGAUGAUCUGUUUGAUCAGACAUACCGCUGUCAAUCGUGUAGUGAACCAGCAGAAGCUCAUGUUCGUUGCUAUAGCCAUCAGCAAGGUAGCCUAACCAUCUGCGUAAAACGACUUCCUUCAUUGAAGCUUCCUGGAGAACGUGAGGGAAAAAUAUGGAUGUGGCAUCGAUGCCUCAGGUGUGCCGUUAAAGAUGGAAUUUCACAAGCAACAAAAAGAGUUGUUAUGUCAGAUGCUGCGUGGGGACUAUCUUUUGGUAAGUUUUUGGAGCUUAGUUUCUCCAAUCAUGCUACUGCAAAUCGGGUUGCAAGUUGUGGCCAUUCUCUGCAGAGAGACUGCCUACGUUACUAUGGAUCCGGGAACAUGAUUGCCUUUUUUCGUUAUGCUCCUAUUGACAUUCUGACGGUGUUUUUGCCACCUUCAAUGCUGGAAUGUAGAAGCAAUGUUCAACAAGAAUGGAUUGGAAAGGAGACCAUUGAUGUUUCUGAAAAGAUGAACUUCCUUUAUGCUGAGGUGUCUGAUGCACUCCAGAAAAUGGAACAACACUUUACUGCUUCUGGACCUGGUUGUGAGACCUCAACAUCAAAUGGCUUCCAAAAUUACAUGGUAGAGCUCAAGAAUUUGGUAAAAUUUGAAAAAAGUGAAUAUGAUAGUUUGUUGCAAAGUGAUGCUGUUCACAACUGGCCACAAGGAGUCCCGGGUGGGGGUAUCUUUGAGCUCAGUUACCUCAGGCGGUGUCUUCUAGUUGACUCUUAUUUAUGGGACCGUCGGCUAUGUGUGUUGGAUUCUUUGUCCAAGGAAAAGAAAUCUCCAAUAAAGUUUAAACGAGAGAGUACUGAAUGCAAGGAUGCCACCAGGUUUUGUUCUGUGACCGAAAAGGACACAUCUUCUAGAGAGGAUCAGAUCAUUUCAAUAUUCAGUGGAAACAGUCCAAGGUGCCAUACUUCAUUUCCGAGGUCCAUGGAUGUUCCUGAGUCUCAUCUGCCAAUAGAGCUGAACAGUCUUAACCUUUGUUCACAUGACCCAGUAAUGUCAGAGUCCUCAAUAAGUGCUGUCGAAGGCUAUUCUGUGGAAGAUUCACAUGACCAUUUUACUGAUGCAUCAGAAUCCCUGUGUGCACAUGACUCUAAUCUCUCUGACAAGAUAGAUAUGGCAUGGACGGGCACUGUGGAAUUCCUCAGUGCUUUAAACAACCAGAUUUCACCUUCAGACACAGUGGGAGUUGGUUCAGUUUUCACAGCAAAUCAAAGUGGUAGGAUUCCAUCCAAGAACAUCAUGGCUCCUCAAAGGGUUUAUUCUUUUGAUUCUGUACUGAGGUCUAGAGAGAAGAGUUAUAGAAGCCUUUUCCCUCCACAUCUAUCUUUGGUCAAGUCUUUUCAUAUAUCUCCGGAGUAUGAAAAGUUGGUGCAGGAACCAAUGCCAAAUAUACGGAGGUUCUAUUUUAGAGAUUUUUCUGGAACAUCGCAGAGAUUUGAUUUCAUAUUGAGUUAUACUCCAUCUUUUAUUUCAUCUACAUAUCGCAUGGUAAGUGAAGGCCCAAGAUUGCUGCUGCCUACAACUGGUCGCAAUGACAUAGUUGUAGCUGUUUAUGACAAUGAGCCUACAAGCAUAAUUGCAUAUGCCCUUAGUUCUACGGAGUAUGAUGCCUUUGUUUCUGAUACAUCAGUGGGUGUUGAAGGAGACACUCAUAAAAGGUUUUCACUGGAUGAAAGUAGUAUGGCCCAUCACUUAGGACACGCUCAUCAGAUCAGCUAUCAGCUAGAUUCAGACGAGAUGCUGCUUAGAAGCUAUGGAUCUGACAGUGCUGUUUUAUCUUCUGGAAGAAGCCUAAUAUCUGACUCACCUAAGUCUCCACAUUUUAGGAUGAUGUUUGGUGAUGAUUCAUCAUCACCUACUGGCAAGGUCAAAUUUACUGUAACAUGUUAUUUUGCAAGACAGUUUGAUGCUCUGCGGAAAAAAUGCUGUCCAAGUGAAAUAGGUUUUAUGCAAUCUCUAAGCCGUUGCCGUAGAUGGAGUGCUCAGGGUGGGAAAAGCAAUGUUUAUUUUGCAAGGACACUGGAUGAGAGGUUUAUUGUGAAGCAGGUCACAAAGACAGAGCUGGAAUCGUUUGAGGAGUUUGCACCAGAUUACUUCAAGUACCUGUCACAUUCACUUAGUUCAGGCAGCCCAACAUGCCUGGCAAAGGUUCUUGGAAUAUAUCAGGUUACAACAAAGCAUUUGAAGAGUGGAAAAGAAGCUAAGAUGGAUUUUAUGGUGAUGGAGAACUUGUUCUUUGGGAGAACAAUAUCAGGAGUAUAUGAUCUGAAAGGCUCUGCUCGAUCUCGUUAUAACCCAGAUACAUCUGGUAGUAAUAAAGUUUUGCUAGAUCAGAAUUUGGUGGAAGUGCUCCGAACCAAGCCGAUAUUUCUUGGAAGCAAGCCCAAGCGAGUCUUGGAAAGGGCUGUGUGGAACGAUACAUCUUUCUUGGCGUCUGUAGAUGUCAUGGAUUACUCUUUGCUGGUUGGAGUUGACGAAGAGAGGAAGGAGCUGGUUUUGGGCAUAAUUGAUUUCAUGAGACAAUAUACGUGGGACAAGCAUCUGGAGACAUGGGUUAAGGCUGCUAGAAUUCUCGGUGGUCCAAAAAAUGUUUCUCCCACUGUAAUCUCACCCAAACAGUAUAAGAAGAGGUUCAGGAAAGCCAUGUCUUCCUACUUUCUCAUGGUCCCCGAACAGUGGUCCUGAUCCAAUCUGCAGCUUCCUAGCCAGAUUCAGUAAUGGGCAGGUUGUCCAAAUUUUGACAAAAAAUUCAUUAAGUCUAGGAUAUGGCAUUCCAUUAAUGAUGCCUGGCGGUUUCCUAAUCGGUACCAUUCUUCGUAUUGGGCUUCUAUCCCCCAUUUUUUAGCCAAAUUAUUAAAUGUUCUAAUCUUUGUUGAUUCAAUCGCUUGUAAGUGUACAUGUUCCACCAUUAACAAGUGCCCUUCCUGCUUGUAGCCGCAUC